CAACGCCAAAGCGAAGCACACGAUUCUCAUAUUGUACCUCACAAUGUCGGUACUCUUAGAGGAAGGAAGAAUUGUGGGCUUCCGCUAGUUCCUACCGCACUAGGGUUAACAAAUAUGAUUUGUACAAAAGACAAAGCCCACAAAACGAGCAAUCACCUCCCAUCAUCGCUAAAUUCAGUAUUGCAAAGCCCCAUCCAUGACAUCGGAAGCCAAAACAGCAACACCUUUGAAAAUGGUUACCAGUCGACCUCCACAUCCACCGAGCUGAGUAUUGCGGCUGCUAGGCCAGUUUACGCAGUCCGCACCAGAGUUUCAAAGACAUUUCCCGUUACUAAAUGUACGCGGUUAGCAGACAGAGCGGACUUAAGGUCAACUAACCAUACCACUACCCCAGCUUCGUCUCUAUCAGAGGUACAAGGUUUAUCGGCAUUGAUGAGGAAAAUGGAUUUGAUAAUAAGAAACCAGGAAAUCAUCAAAGCUACGCAGUGGGAACAUAGGCAACUGCUCGAUAUUGUACUUAAAACUCGUCACCUCCCGAGCCUGAAAUAA